ACACGGGCGGGCCAGGCACGUGCGCAAUCUAAUUUUGAAAGCCCAUUCAGCGCGCGGAUUGCAGUUACAUUUAUUUCCCUGAAGAUGCUCAGAGAAAUACAGCAGGUGUUGCGGUUUGUCCAGCUUUUGGGAAAGAGAAGACAACAAAGUGGUUUAAAUGUUAAAGGAGGGCUUUUAGUGCUUGUGUGGACGGAAACAGGACCUUCUGUUCAAAGUCUAAACUGCGCUGUUGCAGCUGCUGGUCCGUGGUGCAUAGGGAUUAACAUGAAAGCACUCCAACCUGAUCUGAAGGAGUGCAUGUUUCCCUGUGCGUGUCCUUGUCUUCCGCCUGACCCUGAGGAGCUGUGUGCCUUCACUGACCUGUAUGGGUCCCUCAGAUUACUCCUGACUUUUCAGAUGAAAGAUGCGAGUCCAGAGUGGUGUGCUCGUAUAGAAACGUUCCUACACACGUACAGUUUGGCUAACGCAAAGAUUAAAAUCCACUUCAAAUUCAAAUUCAGUCAGCAGACCUUCCAGCGAGACUUUAGUGUGAAGAUCAAGAAUAAAGCGGGGGGAAACCAACGGUCACUGAUCUUGGAUGUUACCUGUAGAACACAGCCUCCAGAGUGUGUGAAGAAAGGCUGCUGGUGUCAGGGAGGACACCCGGUCCUUGGAGACCGAUUGCCACUCAGUAUCCCACCUGCAGCCAUGGACCAGGGCCUGUUUGGGGAGCUCAGCAUCCAGGCUGUCACACUCCUGAGCCCCUGUGUACUGCAGUACCCCAAUCUGCCAACACAACUCACUCACAUACAAGUGUUGGUAUACGGACCCAGUAAUGUUCCAGUCACAGGCCCCUCCACCUUCUUCCAGAACCUCCCUGCUCAUCUGGACUGUCAGGAAGUGGGUCUGCACGGUCUUCACUGCUCCUCCUUUAAAGAUCUUGUGCACAGCGGGGGCACUGUGUACACAGUAGAGCAAGAAAACUGUGAGGAUCCAGAGCAAGAAUCAAGUCCUGCCCCAAUACGGCAAAGUCUCCUGCUUUACAUCUUCCUGCAGCACAGUGACCCCUUCACCUACCAGCUCUCUGAUAUGAUGGCCACAGAGGUGCUGAUAGAGCGCCACCUGGAGGAUAUUCUGAACAACAACAAGCAGGCAGUCACAAAAGCCGUUCAGACUGAGCUCAAGAACACACUGAAAGCCCAAAACCAAAGAAAAAAGAACCAACAGAAGAUGCGUUCAGCUGCUGAGGUGAUUCUCGGUUCGUCCCUCAGUAUUGUGAGCUCCAGCAGUAACAUGGACUUCAGAAACGCCUGUCUGCACAGCAUGAAGAUGAGCGACACUUACGACCUCUCUGCCUCCCUCCGUGAAUCACUGAGGAGGGUGACAUCUUGGAAAUUCACUCCAAAGAACAUUUGCUACUCAGCUCAGGUGGAAGAAUAUCCUGAGAGUGAUGAGCCCACCAGAACUGAAAUCUGAACAUGUCUGCAUGUUGUAAAUGUGGUGUUGAUGGACAUAGCUAUUUAACCUUUAAUUUGAAAAAAGAAAUGCUUUGUUCUUAUCAUAGUUUGUGUGUAACAUCAAAUGUUCUUUUUUAAGGUUUACAUUGAACUGAAUUUCUGAUUUGAGAUAAUCCUUUGUUUGUUUUUUUUGUUGAUUAUGUACCCUAAAAUAAAUAAUAUGUAA